AUGGAAGGAAACAGGAAAUUAAUCAGUCCCUUUCACCGACCACGGUGCCUGGCGGCGGCGGCACCUGGAGGGAAAGCCAAAUUAACUCACCCUGGGAAGGCGAUUCUAGCAGGUGGUAUAGCAGGGGGUAUAGAGAUCUGUAUCACCUUCCCUACUGAGUAUGUGAAGACUCAGCUACAGCUGGACGAGAAGGCCAACCCUCCAAAAUACAGGGGCAUCGGUGACUGUGUAAAGCAGACAGUCCAGGGUCACGGGGUGAGAGGACUGUACAGAGGACUCAGCUCACUGCUCUACGGAUCCAUACCCAAAUCAGCUGUCAGGUUUGGCAUCUUUGAGUAUCUCAGUAACCAUGCCCGUGAUGAGGCAGGGAAGUUGAACAGCACCAGGGGUCUGUUAUGUGGGCUUGGUGCUGGAGUCAUGGAGGCUGUAGUCAUAGUCUGUCCCAUGGAGACUGUCAAGGUUAAAUUCAUCCACGACCAGUCUUCAGCCAACCCCAAAUACAGAGGCUUCUACCAUGGAGUCAGGGAGAUCAUCAGAACCCAAGGUAUUAAGGGGACGUACCAGGGUCUGACGGCCACCGUACUGAAGCAGGGCUCCAACCAGGCCAUCCGCUUCUAUGUCAUGACCUCCCUCAGGAACUGGUACAAAGGGGAUAACCCCAAUAAGGCUAUUAACCCUGUGGUGACGGGAACGUUUGGAGCCGUCGCUGGAGCAGCCAGCGUGUUUGGGAACACCCCCCUAGAUGUCAUCAAGACCAGGAUGCAGGGUUUGGAGUCUUAUAAGUAUAAGAGUACGCUGGACUGUGCCUUGAAGAUCAUGAGACACGAGGGUGUACGAGCGUUCUAUAAGGGGACAGUUCCUCGGCUGGGUCGUGUGUGCCUGGAUGUGGCCAUCGUCUUCAUCAUUUAUGAAGAGGUGGUCAAGGUUCUCAACACGGUCUGGAAGACGGAGUGAGGGGGCAGGGCUGGAGCCUCUUCUGACCUCACUGGGCCAAACACGAUGUGACUGGACGACUGAGCCUUCUACCAGUCUGCGUCUCAAACAACACCUUAUUCCCUAUAUACAGUAGUGUGCUACUUUUGACCCAUCAGGCUCCCAUCAGGACCAUCAGGCUCUGGUCAAAAGUAGGGCAUUGUGUAGGGAAUGGAGUGCCAUUUCAGACACAUUCUACCCAUAACUGUACUCACCAGCUGAGCUGUAAGCGGAGUGAAAGCUGUCAUAUGAAUAAUAUCUAUUUGGACAUAGCCUACCUAUUUGGAUGCAGUGGUCAGAAACCCUGGUCCCAGAGAGCUACAAAGUGUACAGGCUUCUGUUCCAUCCCUGCACUAACACACCUGAUUCUUCCAAACAAGGCCUCCAUGAGUUGAAUGAGGUGUUGCGCUAAACUGGGACAAAAUCCUGCACGUAAUGUCACUCUCCAGGACCUGGACUGAAGAACACUGAAAUAUAUCAUGUGUUUUUUAUUUUUUAUAUCUACGUAAAUGAAUUACACUAUCAUAAUGAGUUAACUGUAUGGUAGUGGGUACCAUAUCAUCCUGAGUUAAAGCAUAGUGGUUCUGCCUUGACCUGAGGGUCUAGCUACAGUAACAGUUACAGUAGCAACUACAUGAAUUGUAACUUAUACCCACCCUCCUUUUGAGAAUUUAUUACCAACCCUUUUAUGCAAUCAUUUUACAUGUGUGAUAUGAUUUGUAUUUUUAUAAUGCAUAUUAUGGUUGACUAUUAAUGUUUAAUUGCUGAGUAUAUUGUUUUACUCAGUUCCAGAUGCCAAGCCCAUCCAGUAGCAAGCUGCCAGGUUGUGACAAAUUAUACUAAUUAUUGUCACAGUUCUACUGUAAUACCACUCACCCUUUUGGGCUGGCCAUGGCUAACGUAUUUCUCCUCAAGUGAAACGUAUACAUAGAGUAAUAUAUUCUUACCAAGAG